UCGCCAUUGCACUCGAACUAUCGAUCGAUUUACGCACUCGAUCUAGCCAACCAGCCACCACAGCAUAUAAUCAAUGGCUUCCAACAACGUGGUCGCCUCAGAGGUGAACACCGGCGUAGCCAAGCUCAACGACCACCUCGCCACCGCUCUCACCGGCGGCGAGGCCGCCGGGGCCACCACCAUCAUCACGCUGGCGGGGGAGAACAGCGGCGCCACCAUGGAGGCCACGGGCGACAUGGAGGACAUCGUCGUCGUCGGCAACGCGGACGCGGACGAGAAUGAGGAUGACCAGGAGGAGGAGAGCGUGGUGAGCGCCUACACCAACAGCAACUACCAGGCCGUCAACAACUCCGUGCUCGUCGCCGGCAGCUGCACUGUCAACGACCCCGGCGUCCACGUCGUCGUCGUGGAGCACGUCGACGAGAUACGCGACUACGACGACGACGUCGAUGGCCAAGACAACUAAUAUUAUCAUGGAAGGAGAGCAUGCACGCAAAAUGUUCAACAAUCAACUCGGCCCGAAAAUGUUCGAAAGAGUUCAGGUGAUCCACUCGUGAUCGAUGGACAUAUAUAUAUCCAUGCAUGAGAUAUAUCCUGAUUUGUUUGCAAGACUUUGGUUUAUAAUUGCUUGGUUUGGUCGAUGUAUUAUUUACUAUGUUGCUUUGGUCGACUUUGUACCAGUGGACUUGUAAGUUGCCUGAUGCACACAUGAAUAAAAUUCUAGCUUAAUUACAAGAA